AUGGCUGACACAGAUGCCGCGAAAGAGGUUGAAACCCCGGCAAUUUCUAGUGGCGCAGGAAAUUCAUCAAGUGGUUCAUUUGUUUUUGGUCAAAACAUGUCUGACCGAGCUGUGAAGAAAACCGAUGCUCCAACAAAGGAGGAUGUAAAAAAAGAAAAUGGCACCCUAAGUGCUGCUCGUCAAGAGGCUAAAUCUCCACCGUCAGGAAGCAGACCAGCAUUGUUCAGGCCUCUGACACACCUGUCACAUGCACCAGGUCAUAUUGGUGGAUUUGGUGCAUCUGUAGUCCCCCCUGUAGCCUUUGCUGGAAGUGCAGCUAGUAUUCUUGCACCAAACAAGCUCACUUCGAAUCCGUUUGCUACUAGGAUCCCACUUCACCAUCAGAUGUCGGGAACGCCUCAUACCUCAGAUUCGGAAGACGAAAAGAAAGACAAAUCAAUUAUUUUACCUUCACAUUUUAAGCCUUCCCAUAAAAGUAAAGAUCAUAACAAUGCUUCACCCCCAUCAAUUGUGCUACGGCCGUCUGCUUUGAGUGCACAGACCCAAAAUCUUGGGAAGGGAAUGAAAUCUGGCUUUGGUUCAGAAAAAUCUGACAAGGACAAGUUGGGAAGUUCCUUCUUAUUAAAACCUGCAACACUACAAAGUCCAUUUUCUAAAAUUCUAGAUGAUAUGAGUCAUAAAAAUCGAGAAAGUGAGUCGACGGAUACUGAUAAUGCCAACUGUGCUAAAGGCGAUCGUGAUCAAAAGGAAUAUGAGAAGGAAAGUGAUUCUGAUUCCUCAAAAGAGAAUGAAAAAGAUGAGACCAAAGAGAAGGAUAGCAACAAAUCCGCUGCGGAAAAUUUUGUUUCAUCAGCCACUUCCAAACUUCCAGUAUCGAGCCCAGAUUCAGAAAAACGCACUUUCGUGUUUGGACAAAAAAUGGAAGAGAGGGCUGUGAGUCUGGCAGAUUCCUCUAGUUGUACCUCAGUGACUAGUUCAAACGACAACAGCGCCGCCAACAGUAAUUCUGCAUCAUCGUCGGCCUCUUUUAUAUUCGGUCAAAACUUAGCGGACAGAGUAACAGAGGGAGCAGAAGAAAAAACACCUGAGGAAACCGAAAAAGAUAGUUGUCGAACGUUAGCAGAAUCAGCGAAGGAAUACCAAGCGAAGCACGCACAAAAAGAAUAUGAUGAAGUUGUAGUGAAAACAGGAGAGGAGGAUGAAUCAAAUGUGUUACAGGCGAACUGCAAAUUAUUUAUGUAUGACCAUGCAGCAGAGAACUGGGUGGAAAAGGGACGAGGAUUGUUGCGAUUGAAUGACAAAAAUGAAAAUAAUGUACUCCAGUCAAGAAUUGUGAUGAGAACUCAAGGCUGCUUAAAGGUGAUACUAAACACAAAGAUCUGGUGUGGCAUGAUGAUUGAACAAGCUAGUGCCAAGAGUUUGAGAAUAACAGCACAGUGUGAUGGCGCUGUCAAAGUCUUCCUCAUAAUGGCUAACCCGAAAGAUACUGACCAUAUAUUCAGUGCUAUUGAUUGGCGGAUACAACAAUUAAAGGUCAAUGAGGAGAUGCAGCCACAGAAAGAGGAGGAGGAGGAGGAAAAGCCAAGUAAAGGUGGCGAGAAGAGACCUGCUGAGGAUAACGAAGAUGGUCGUACAUCACCUGAGAAUAAACGUUCUAGAACAGACACAAGGGUUGACACAUUUCCGGAUUCAGGUAAAAGACGAGAUAUCCUUCGCGAGGAGUCAAACGAUAGCAGUGCCGUGGACCCCGAGACAGAAGUUUCCUACGAGAGUUCAUCUUCAUCACCGACAAUCAAAUCUACGUCUUCUGAUUAAUGGGUGAAACUUGACUAACGUAGUGUUACUGUUUUGUUCGAAGGAGUAUCACGGCUGACAGGGUGUUGUGAGUUGGCCAUUGCAGGAGGAACGUGUGGAGGACUCGAAAUUAGGAUCAGUGUGCCAACUUGUGUCAGAGGGAUAAAGAAGUCAACCGAUCUUGAUUUUAGACACUGCGAAUGGGUCUCUCUCAUGGAAGUGUGAGUUGGCCAGGAAAGAAAAGACACUGUUGGAUGAGUUGAUCACUGACCUUGCUUGUGUUCAAGAGGUUGAACAGAAUAGACUGAUACCAAUGUUGAACACUUCAAAUUGGGCUCUUCUAAAGGUCAUUGAAUUGGCCUUUGUAGAAGUGUGCAUCGGCAGGGAGAGCAGAUUUGAGACUGUUUACAUGUUGCAUUAUCAGUGACGUGGAGGAAAAAAUUAAGGAACUCAACUGAUUUGGUUGUUUAAUCCUCCAGUAUUGUAUUUGAUUGACUAAGUUUUAAGACUGGGUAUCUGAACCGGGAAAACUGUACAAUUGAUAAGUCUACACAUACAUGUUCACUUCAAGACCUUAAGUACACCUGGUUCUGUAAGCUGGUUGUGACAUCAAUAUGCUGAUUGUGUGAACUGAUGUUGGUUCCUAAGUCAGGAAUUCAAGGGUCGGUCUCUAAUAUUUGGACAAAGGCUCAAGAACAAGAGUGUGUGACCUCCCCUCGCCCUUAAAAUGAAGAUAUUUGUCAUUUAAUGUUUUUGUAAACUUGGGAAAUACACCCUUGUGGUUUAAUAGUGCUGUUGUCCAAUAUCUGCUAAUUGGAAGGUCAAGGUUAUAAUCUGUUGCUACCGAAUUAUUGAUUUAUGCCAAGAAAUGGAAGAGGCAUCAGUUUUAUGAUGUGUGUCAUCAUUAAUGUAAUUUUCCAUGCAACAGUAUCUUUGUUUGCUUGUUGUGAAGAAAAUAUUUUGUGCACUCAUUUUUGCCGAUUCCACAGAUUGACAUUCUGUUGAAGUUUUCGGCCUCAUGGACUACAUUGGCCUGGCUGAUUAAGGGAAGUUUUCAUUCAACAUCACUGAUGUAUUCGAAUUGAUCGGUGGCUUGUGACACAAUUGUUAAUAUUCUUGAUGCAUACUGAUAUAUGUGCUGUGACUUGUCCAAGGUCAACUUUCAAGUUUAUUAAACUGUGUGUCGGACUUUCAUGUCCAAUCAUCAUUAGGUCGGCCUGGAGUAUAGAGUCCAAGAAAAAAACUUGUAUGUGCUACAUCUAGCAAGGAAAAGAUGCAUUCUGUAAGUGAUGGAAAUUAAGAAAAAGAUAUGUGGUGGACUUUGAUCAUGGAAAUGACUUGUUGAAGUUACUGAGCUCUGUGAUCACAGAUUAUAAGCGCUAAAAAGGUGUUUAUUUUACGAAUGAUUGAAGUUGAUUCUGCUGACAAACUUCUCCUUUAUUGUUGCCUUAUUGGGCUGUGUUUAUUAGCUUUGUUCUCUCACCUACAGGUGGUGUUGUUACAUUGUUGCGAAGUCGCAAUCCAACUCUGAACCAAUGUGGACCAGAUCAGAUGAGCUCAUAUUUGAUUUCUUGUAGCUCUUGGAAAGUUCCACCUGUAGGUUGGGUGAAGAACUAAUGUUUGAUGUGUUCAAUUAUAAAUGUAUGUAAAACCUUUGGUCAAACAUUAAAUUUUGGUUUAUAUCUUCUUCAUUGUAUGGUAAGUUUAUAACACAAUAACUUAUGAUUCAUAGUGAAUUCCGGGCCUGAUUGAUUGGAGUACAUAGCAGUAGUUGUUUUUCUCUCUUCGAAGAUAUUAAAUGGUUGUAUUUAUUGUAGCAUCUUAAUGCAAUACUACUUUGAAGAUUUUGAAUCAGCGCCACAGUUGGAAGUAGUUGGAACAAAAUUUGCAGAUUUUGUAUCCAGCUGCGCAUGCACAUGAAUAACCAAAUGCAUAAUGUACAAAUGUUUCAACUUCCUGGCGCUGUUUCAAUGUCCUCCAAGAUGUUUAAAUAGUAGCACUCAACAGAGCCAUACACUGGAGCAACCAGAGAUACUAUCCGCUGCCUCUCAACCCCUGCCAUUCUUGACCCUUUAGUGGACAACUUUCUGUAAUCAAGGUAGGAUUCUUGAAGGGAACAGAGCAUUAAGCCUGCUGCUUAGUGGGAGGUCAUCAUGAAAAUCAGGGGUUAAUGUUCGCUUCUAUGGCCCUGCACACAAACCCCUGAGGCAUUAAUCAAUGUGAAUGCCAUGAGAGGAACCUCACGAGAGUCAAGUUAUUCCUGUAGUCAUCAUGUCAGCCAAAGAGUUUGUGGGACCAAUACUCUUAUACUCCCCUCAUCCAAGCACUGACUCCAAGAUUGGACACUUUCAUGGUUGUCACCAUGGAAAAGCUACAUUUGUCUCCAGCGCUUAUUUGGUAAAUAAAAUAAGUAUUAUCUAAGCACUGGUGUUGUUGGCGUCUUGAUGUUAAUUCUGGUCCCUGAUUGUGCUGGUGGGUGAUUUGAAUUGAAAAUACCAGCUGUGACCAAGUGUAGUUUUUCCGAGGCAGAGCGAGAAGCUUGAAGUUAAAUCACUAAAAUCUAUGGAAUCAGUUCUGUACUCGUGGUUAUUUCAACGCUCAGUAUUCCAAUACCGGUAGUUGCCUUAAAAACAUCCUGAGCUUCAGGUCAUUUUCAUCAUGUUUUUUUCAGACCCUGUUGCCAGGGGCUGCCUUGAAAUAAGGUCACAGGUCAAAUGGCAUAAAUUGGCUGUUUGAGUGUAACUAUGGCACUUUUCUGAUGAGUAUCCUGAUAUCUGUGCUGUACAAAAGCAUUUGGUAUGUGCCUGUGGUGGUUUCUGAUAACCAACUAUGACUUGUAUGAUUGACAGAUUUACUAGGUGUGAAGUAGGGGGCUUUGUUCACAUGACACUUAAUUGAUCAAUUAACUCCAACGGUUUAGGGGCUUAGUCCAUAUAUUGGAUUAUUGCAGAGACUUUCAAUAUAAAAUCUGAUUAUAGUGUGUAUGAAAAUGAGUGUAUGAAGUGGGGAGCUUGGGUCACAUGACUCUGACAGUUAAUUGAGCAAUUAGCUCCUAACAGUUGUGGGGGUCAGUCCAUGCAUUGCACUGGGCUGAAGUGUGUGUAAAAAUGAGUGUCUUCAGGGCCUCCUCAAAUUUUGGAUUAUUUAGCAAAAUUCUCAAUACCAAUCUGAGAGGCUGAUUAUGCUGACAACUUGGUGAGUUGGUUUACAGAUGUAUUUGACAUUCUUUUCUCUUCCCGUGAUUCCUUCUCGAUAACAUUUUUGUGGUAGGUUAUCCCAACAAGGAAACAUCACAUAUCAUUUGGUACACAUUACUCCCGACGUCAUGUUACAUCGGACACCGAAUUUCGAUCUGAUCUGAUUCUUGACUUGGCCACCAGGAGGCCGAAGCUAAACAAGUGCAAUAUCACGCUUAAUAGUGACUUGUUUUUGAUGAUAUUUUUAUGGUAGGUACUCCAAGCCAUGAUACAUCACAUGUCAUACCGACUUUGGUUUGACCGAUGUACUAUACAUAUAGAAUGUUUCUUAACCAAGAUGAAUUCCUAACCACCAAAUAUCUAGACGGUGAGCACAAUGGCCCCUGGCCAUUUGGGAAGUUAUUCUAGAUUGCAGAUACUUAGGGCCAAAUUCAUAAAGGGGGUUUAAGGGUUAGACGAGUGUAACUUCUCCCUGAUCAGUUUCAGGGCCUAUUCAUAUUCGGUGAAGAUUUACAUGAAGGACCUGAAUCUGUCUAUUCAGUAGUUAAACACUGUUUUAAGCUAAACGCCCUUUAUGAAUUUGGCCCUUAAUGUCUAAUGGCUGGAGUCAUAAUCACCAAUAGUUCUCUGUCUUGUAAAGCCCUUGACCUGCACUCCUGAUUAUGUAUUCAUGUUUAUCCCAAUAACAUCUCACAUGGAACAUGAAUAAACAAAUAUUUUGAGAA